CAUACGUAGCACUCUCAGCUUUAUAAUUCUUUCCUAGGCCUUCGUUUUGUCUAACUAAAUCUUAACAUCUAAAUUUUCCGUUUCUUGCUAAGUCGGUAUGCUUCACACGCAAAAGCUGCUGACAAAGAUGUGGCCCCGAACUGUCGGUAAACUUAAAAUGAAAUGCCGCUCCUUUAAUCGGCAAAACUUUAGCCCGAGGAUUGCCGAUGAGCCGGGUAAGCGCCCUACACACUUUCAGUCCAUGCGCGAAUUCUUUAUGCAUCCGCUGACCUGGGAUCGCAACAAUGGCUACUUCAAUGUAGUUCUGGCUUUGUCGAUUUUUGGAUUUUGUUUCUUUAACUCGUGCGCCCCAUGCGAACAGCGGAGAGGUGGCCCUGAAGAGCGUCCAAGCCGACCACAAUGAUUCCGGGAUUAAGGCCACCUAUCAAUCGGUAAUAAGCAGG